GAUCACCGAUCACGAAAAGAGCUGAAGAUGUCGGCUCGGUCAUGUGUCUAAUUACAGCUGAUCACAUGGGACAUGUACACUGAUCAUCAGGGCACUGAUGAUCAGUGUGCCCUGAUGAUCAGUGUAGCCCCAGCAGUGCCUCGUGCCAGUGCCCAUCAGUGCCACAUCAAUGCAACAUAUCAGUGGAUACCAGUGCACAUCAAUGCCACAUAUCAGUGCCCAUCUGAGCUGCCUUUCAGUGUCACCCAUUAGUGCCCAGUCAGUGCCACCUAUCAAUGCCAAUCAGUGCCACCUAUCAGUGCUGCCAAUCAGUGCCACCAAUCAGUGCCAGUCAGUGCCACCUAUCAGUGCCGCCUAUCAG